AUGAACGCACAAGAGUCUUACAAACUCCUCGAAGACUUUCUUAGUGGUGGUCCAGCAACGGUGCUGACUGGAGCUGGAGUGAGCGUCGAUAGUGGAAUACGUGCAUAUCGAGGUAAAGACGGACGAUACAUGAAUCCUAAUUAUCAGCCUAUAUUAUAUCAACAACUCAUGGCACCUGGGAAUGCCGGAAAAGCAUUUCGAGAUAUUGGGCGAGGUCAUAUCUUGGGUAUCCACCUGGUGAGCAAGCUUUCGAUCCGCGUCUGUCGAUCAAGUACCGAUUCUGUGACAGUGCGCGAGGCGAAGCCGAAUAUUGCACAUUACAGUCUGACUGCUCUUGAGCAUCAUGGAUUUGUCAACCGGCUUAUAACCCAGAACGUUGACGGGUUGCAUGCCCGAUCCGGUUUUCCCAAGGAGAAACUCUUGGAGUUGCACGGGACGCUCUUCGUAGUCAAAUGUCGACAAGGCCACGAACUCGACCGAGAUGAGUUCCAGGACAUGCUGUCAGAAGCGAACCCAUCGUGGAAGGCAUUUGUAGAUGAUAUGAAUGCACAAGGAGAAUCAUUGCGGACAAACCCGGAUGGAGAUAUCGAAUUGGAAGGUCGCUCCUAUGAAGACUUUGUGAUCCCUCCAUGCCCUACUUGCUUGAAAGAGGGCCGUCAUGAAACGACUAUCAAACCAGACGUUGUGUUCUUCGGAGAGACGAUUCCAGAAUACAAGAAACAGCAAUCUCUACAAGAAAUCUUGGAUGCGGACCGGUUUCUUGUAGUGGCGACAACGAUGGCAACAUACAGUGCCUAUCGGCUAUUACAGCUUGCGCACCAAAAUAAGAAACCAAUCGUAAUAGUGAAUAUUGGGCCGACCAGAGGGGAUCACCUGCAACUGCCUCAGAUUGAGUUACCAUGCGGAGAUGUACUGAAGGAAUGCGCACUCCGACUAUCUCGUCCAAAUGAUGACCAAGGUCGAAGGCUGCUUGAUGUAUUGCGUUCUUGGCCUGUAACGACUAAAAUCUAA